GAUUUGAAUUGAAAAUGAAUCAACGGUUAUCUCAAGAAACUCGGAUCCCAAAUACCAAUAAAAGAAGACGGCUACACUCGAAAUGGAAGCUUAGAUUUGCGAGCAGGCUAACAAGAUGGGCAGGACUUCUCUACUGAAUCCUCUCCUCCUUCUACUAUUUCUAAUCACUCCUUGCCAUCCAGCCAUGGACGCGGCCGCAACCACUCACAAGCCAAGGCUUGGCUUUCUCUACACAAGAACCAGAGGAAGAUGCACACCACAGUUCUGGAGCAGCAGGAGGGAGGAAUGGCCAAGGAUGGUGCCGCAGAGAUCGACGAUAUCAAAUGUGUUUGGAUCGAGAACGUUCGAACGGUACAGACCAGAUCUGACUCUCCUAGAAUCAACGGCUAGGAACGAUGAGGAGAAUGCCUUCGCUAGGUUGCUAAAGCAGGCGAGUGCUGCCUUGUUGAAUUCGUAUGCAAGAAAAGGAUUUCCUUACUCGUCUUGGGAGGUGAAGACUCUGCUUAUACAAGGAUUAGUCUCCGAGGAGGCUGCAGCUCGUCAGGCAAAAAGGUUCCAUGUCGCAAACCAGGCUUGCAGUUAAGUUAACCUAACCAAACACAAUCUCUGUUUGUUUUGCUUUCUUUGGAGGAUGAUUUGUGUUGGCUGUAGACACUGAUCUAAUGGAAAUAGAACAGUCACUAAUUGUUCUAUAGCUGCUACUUGAUUUUUAGUUAACUUCUAGUUUACUGAAUUCCAAGAUCUGGUUCUUAAUUAAUAUAGUACAAUUUGUGUUCUUUUAA